AUGCAAGACCACAACAAAAAAAACAAUAACAAGAAAAUCACCACCAACAAUCCCAACCCAACCACCACAACUGCCACCGCCCAAGCCUGCGCCGCCUGCAAAUACCGCCGCCGGAAGUGCGCCCCCGACUGCAUCCUCGCCCCAUACUUCCCCCACGACCGUCAGCCGCAAUUCCUCAACGCCCACCGCCUAUACGGCGUUAGCAAUAUCGUCAAAAUCGUUCGCCAGCUGGGCCCCGCCGAUCGGGACGCCGCCAUGUGGACCAUCGCCUUCGAAUCCGACGCUCGAGCCGCGGACCCCGCCGGUGGGCUCUACCGAGUCGUGCGCGACCUCGAGCGCCGGAUAGCCCUCGCCAGGGCCGAGCUCGAGGCCGUCCUCCGCCACCUCGCCGCAUAUGGGUUUAGGGAAGAGGGGUUCAAAUUUGAUUCACAAGGAAAUAUUACACCAAGCAACAAUGGUGGUUUUACAGAGAGAGCCGCAUUCAAGCAAGAUGAUGAAUGCUUGUCGUACAUUCAAGACGACGAGGAUUUGAAGGUGGCUGCCGCCGUGUUCAAUGGUCUCACAAACUAA